CUCUCUAAAAGAUGCCGCUGCUACGAAGCAACCUCACCUGCUUCUACUGCGGCACAAAGUCCAACCUCAAGCGCGAUCCGCGCAUCCGCGAGUUUGCCUGUCGCGAGUGCGAGGCCGUCAAUUACCUCGACGAGAAUGGCCACAUUACCGACCCGCCCGUCUCCGAGACGGCUGCCCCCGUCCGCUUCGCUCACCCUCUGCCCGCCCGCUCUGCUUCGCCCAUCUUGAACCUGCACCCGUCGGACCAGACCAUCUUCUGCGCCACGUGCAUCAAGAACCAGCACCUGCUGACCCAAACGCUGGCCGCCUACCUCCCUCCGCCCUCGGACCCCAGCUAUGACGCCUACGAGAAGUCGUACCCCGAGUACCGCCGCAACCUCGAACGCCGCUACCCCCAGGUCUGCGUCCACUGCGCGCCCCGCGUCCAGGAGCGCAUCAGCCAGGCCGGCUACGCCGCCAAGACGGACCACCUGCGCCGCCUGAUGGACCGCACAAAGCGCGCCGACUUUCGCAAGCAGCCCGCCGCCGUGCCGUGGCAGUCGUGGGUGCUGUUCUGGGCCGGCAUCGCCUGGCGCGUCAGCGUCGCCACCCACCUCGUCUGGAGCGCUGCCGGCGCCAUGGUCAGCUUCAAGGCCUGGGACCCCAAGGACCGCACCCCGCUCCAGAGCUACUACACGUGCGGCGUGCAGGCGCGCAAGCACGGCGAGGUCGAGCCGCUCUGCGUGUCGACGUUCAACCCGGAGAUGCAGCUCGCCCUGGUCUUGGCCCUGGGCUCGUUUUGGUGGAACAGCAAGCUGAGCGCAAAGUUCAACGGGGCCAUUGGCCGGCUGCGGGGCUUGGGAGACCACAUGAAGCUGCAGGUGCUGGUGCUGCUGGUCCGCGGCGUGUCGUGGUGGGUCUUGCGGGAUCCGGCCGAGACGAAGCUCACCCAGCCCAUGUACCGCGCGCUGCACUUGUUCGUCGCGUCGUUUCUGCUGGUGACGUCGGUCGUCUCGUGGCGCGUCGUGCAGAUUGACCGCAACCCGCGCAUCAACUUCACCGAGAAGCCGAAGCCGCUGCUCGAGGAGCCGCUCGACGACGACACGCCGGCGGGGCCGUACAGCCACCCCCAACCGCCGCAAAACUUCAACUACCAGCCGGCCUACCAGCCCCCCUUCCCCAUCGACAGCCUCGCCCAGGGAUCCCCGCAGAGACCCUCGCCGCCGUCGCCGUCGCCCUCCUUCACCACGACCUACACGGCCGUCACGACGGCCGCGACGACGCGCCCCUACGAUCCGCGCUACGACGACGAAGACACGAUGGAGUGGACGCCGACGAAGCAGACGCAGACGACGCUGUUCGACUUCAAGCCGCGGCGGCAACCCUCGCACGCACAACAGCAGGCCACGGCCAUGCUGAGCGGCGCCGAGCAACAGCAGGCAUCGCCCUUCUUCGGCCGGUUGCCCCCCGCGCCCUCGUCGCAAAUCCACAGCAGUCUGCUGCGCAACCCGCUGAAGCAGCCCGGGCAGCCGGUCGUCAACAGGACGCCCCUCGCGAAGAACAUGUUCGGCAAGAUGCUGGGGAAGCCGCGGAGCAAGUUUGGCGGCAUGAACGACGACGCGACGACGGUGGUCACGGGGGCGGAGGACGACGACGACGACGAUUACGACGAUGACGAUGGCGCCGCCAGCGUGGCUACGAUGCAGCAGCAGCAGCAGCGGAGGAGAAAGGGCGAGCUGCCGCUUGCGGGCCCGACGUUGAGAAUUAAGGAGGAUCCGGUCGAUACGGGCCUCGAGGCCAUGUUCACGAGCGUGUUUAGUAUUGGGGAUGAGCCGGCUGAGGUGAGGGGGCGGACUAAUGCUAAUGCUAAUGGGGGUGGGGGUGGGGGUGGGAGAGGCUUGUUUGGGCUUCCGAGUGCUGGUGCUGGUGUGAGAGAGGGGAUGGGAGAUGCUCAUGGUGCUGCUGAGGGCUGGGGCAUGUGGCGCGUGGUGCUGACGCUGCCGUUUGCGCUGAUGGGCGUGGCGUGGGCCGUCAAUGGCGUUAGGGCUUGGGUUGUGGGGUGAGUUGGUUGAGUCGCGAUUGUUGAGAGGAACGAAGGAUUGUACUGCAGUAGGUAACCUUUUCUUUUCUAUUUCUAUUCUUUCUUUCCGUGGCGUGGAUGCGUGGAUGGUUGCAUGGGUUGGGUGGGUGGGCGCGUGGCGCGUAGGUGUAUUGAUUGAUGGAUUGGGUUGGGGUGGGUGGGAGUUGGGUGGGAGUUAGGGUUUGCGGUUUGCGGUUUAGAGUAGGGUAGGGUAUGUAGGGUAUGGUAGUGGGAUUUCGUAUGUUGUUUUUAUGUUGAUGUUGAUGUUUGUUUUGUGCAGUGUCGUUGUGUCGUUGUGUCGUUAUUGUGGGGUUUUAUGCAUGUGGAUGGGCUGGACUUAUGACUUACGACUGAAUGGCUACGGUUUUCGAGCGUACGCUAAUACUAUAUUACGUAUCGUCGUUGCUAUCAUAGUUAUAGCAUCUUUUCUCAAGAGCCGGCAGGGAU